AUGGCGCAGGCGGAGCGCGAGCGCCUUCGCGUGCUCAUGUUCCCGUGGCUCGCGCAUGGCCACAUCAACCCUUACCUCGAGCUGGCCACCCGCCUCACCACCACCUCCUCCUCCCAGAUCGACGUCGUCGUCCACCUCGUCUCCACGCCCGUCAACCUCGCCGCCGUCGCGCACCGCCGGACCGACCGGAUCAGCCUCGUCGAGCUCCACCUCCCAGAGCUCCCCGGCCUGCCCCCGGCGCUGCACACCACCAAGCACCUCCCGCCGCGGCUCAUGCCGGCCCUCAAGCGCGCCUGCGACCUCGCCGCGCCGGCGUUCGGCGCGCUCCUCGACGAGCUGUCCCCGGACGUCGUGCUCUACGACUUCAUCCAGCCGUGGGCGCCGCUCGAGGCCGCGGCGCGCGGCGUCCCCGCCGUCCACUUCAGCACCUGCAGCGCCGCCGCCACGGCGUUCUUUUUACACUUCCUCGACGGCGGCGGCGGCGGCGGCGGUCGCGGCGCAUUCCCCUUCGAGGCCAUUAGCCUCGGCGGCGCGGAGGAGGACGCCAGGUACACCAUGCUCACCUGCCGAGACGAUGGAACCGCCCUGCUCCCCAAGGGCGAGCGCCUGCCGCUGAGCUUCGCGCGCUCGUCGGAGUUCGUCGCCGUCAAGACGUGCGUGGAGAUCGAGAGCAAGUACAUGGACUACCUGUCCAAGCUCGUAGGCAAGGAGAUCAUCCCGUGCGGCCCGUUGCUCGUGGACUCCGGCGACGUCAGCGCCGGCUCCGAGGCCGACGGCGUCAUGCGGUGGCUCGACGGGCAGGAGCCGGGCUCCGUGGUGCUCGUCUCCUUCGGCAGCGAGUACUUCAUGACGGAGAAGCAGCUGGCCGAGAUGGCGCGCGGGCUGGAGCUGAGUGGCGCCGCCUUCGUGUGGGUGGUGCGGUUCCCGCAGCAGAGCCCCGACGGCGACGAGGACGACCAUGGCGCGGCGGCGGCGCGCGCGAUGCCGCCCGGGUUCGCGCCGGCGCGCGGGCUGGUGGUGGAAGGGUGGGCGCCGCAGCGGCGCGUCCUGUCGCACCGCUCGUGCGGCGCGUUCCUGACGCACUGCGGGUGGAGCUCGGUGAUGGAGUCGAUGUCGGCGGGGGUGCCGAUGGUGGCGCUGCCGCUGCACAUCGACCAGCCGGUGGGCGCCAACCUCGCGGCGGAGCUGGGCGUCGCGGCGCGCGUGCGGCAGGAGCGGUUCGGCGAGUUCGAGGCCGAGGAGGUGGCGCGCGCGGUCCGCGCCGUGAUGCGCGGCGGCGAGGCGCUGCGCCGCCGCGCGACGGAGCUACGCGAGGUGGUGGCGCGGCGCGACGCGGAGUGCGACGAGCAGAUCGGCGCGCUGCUCCACAGGAUGGCCCGCCUCUGCGGCAAAGGCACAGGCCGUGCAGCCCAACUAGGACACUAGAUCGGGGCGUGUUGCGGGCCAGAUUCAGCAUAGUGGGCCGCGCUGUGGGAUGGGCCACGGGAUGGUUGGGUGGGCCGUGAAACCGGUCUCUUCGUAGACCUCGGUUUCAGCCCAUUUAAUCCAGCCUGACGAUCCGUUCUGCAAUUUGUGCAUCUAAACAAUCGAUCUCCCGUUGUUCUGAAUUUGUUGCAUAUGAUGUUGUUUCAAGUCAUUCUCUAUCUGCUAGUUAUAAUAAAUGUAGUGUUCAUGUAUAUAAAAAGAUGGAAUUCUGAUGGCUACCGGUUAAUAUAUUAGAGGAAAUGCUAGAACAAAUCCAGUUCAUUUCCUUCCAGGUUUUGAAUUCA